CUCCCUUUGUGAUCGCGCUUUCAUCCGGGCAUCUCGGGUUGCGUUCGAACGCGCUGACGUCACCUAUAUAAAGGCCCUCAGCGCCUUUGUUCCUCCUCAGUGCGUCGUGGAGCUUCUACCGGCAGGAACGAGAUCCCAAACAUUGUCAAAAUGGUUGAGGCAGAUCGUCCAGGGAAGCUGUUCAUUGGUGGCCUAAACACUGAGACAAAUGAGAAGGCUCUUGAAGCUGUCUUUGGCAAAUAUGGUCGCAUAGUGGAAGUUCUCCUCAUGAAAGAUCGUGAAACUAACAAGUCAAGAGGCUUUGCUUUUGUCACCUUUGAGAGCCCAGCAGAUGCCAAGGAUGCUGCCAGAGAUAUGAAUGGAAAGUCUUUAGAUGGAAAAGCUAUUAAAGUUGAACAAGCUACCAAGCCAACUUUUGAAACCGGUAGACGAGGGCAAUUACCCCCUCCAAGGAGCAGAGGUCCUCCAAGAGGUCUUAGAGGUGGAAGAGGCGGAAGUGGAACACGGGGGCCUCCUUCCAGAGGGAGUCACUUGGGUUCCUCUAGAGGCCCUCUGCCCAUGAAGAGAGGCCCACCGCCCCGCAGUGGGGGUCCACCGCCUAAAAGACCCACUCCUUCAGGGCCUGUGCGUAGCAGCAGUGGAAUGGGUGGCAGAGCACCCCUGUCACGCGGCAGAGACAAUUACGGACCUCCACGCAGAGAGCCGCUUCCAUCACGAAGGGAUGUCUACUUGUCUCCUAGAGAUGAUGGCUAUAGUACUAAAGACAGUUAUUCGAGUAGAGACUAUCCGAAUUCCAGGGACACCCGGGAUUAUGCUCCACCCCCAAGAGAUUAUGCCUACCGUGAUUAUGGCCACUCCAGUUCUCGCGACGAGUAUCCCUCAAGAGGUUACAGUAGCUACUCCUCUUACAACGAUCGGGAUGGCUACGGAGGCCGUGACCGAGAUUACUCAGAUCACCCGAGCGGCGGCUCUUACCGUGAUUCAUAUGAGAGUUAUGGUAACUCACGUAGUGCUCCACCUGCACGAGGGCCCCCGCCAUCUUAUGGUGGAAGCAGUCGCUAUGACGAUUACGGGAGCGCCCGGGAUGGGUACGGCGGGAGCCGGGACAGUUACUCAAGCAGCCGGAGCGAUGUCUACUCAAGUGGCCGCGACCGGGUCGGGAGGCAAGACCGGGGCCUGCCCCCCUCCAUGGAAAGGGGCUACCCGCCUCCCCGCGAUUCCUACAGCAACUCCAGCCGCGGGGGCCCCAGGGGCGGCGGCCGCGGAGGGAGCCGCUCCGACAGAGGCGGGGGCCGAAGCCGAUACUGAAAGAAACCUUGGCAACAAAACUUUGGACCAAAUCAGUCAUAUAUCAUUUUUUUUGUUCCUCCCACAAAAACGGAGCGUGGAAGUUUUACCUUCACUCCCAAGAGGACUACCGACGCAUUGUUUUUACCCCUUUUUUAUUGUUGCUUGUUAAAAGUUCCCUUCCAUUACUGAUCGGUAUUUUUUUUUGGUGAGGAAAACGUAAACAUGUUUUAAUUUCAUUUCAGAAUUGUUAAUAAGCCAAUGUUAAUGUAUGACCUUUUUAGCCUGUGUACUACUAGUGUUGUAACCUUUUCCGAGUAAAACGUUAACCCUGAAAAUGCCACGCUUCUCACCUCGUCAAUGAGACCGGCAAAGCCCUAAAAGUCGCCUGCCUCCCCAUACGACGCAGAGCCAUCUAAAAUGGCUGUGGAUCGCUCUACUCAUGAGAAAAGGGCCUUCUUUCUAGGCCAAAACCAUGUUUAGCUAAUGGAGGGUGGUGUUUUGGGGAUGUGUGCCAAACUCAAAAAAGGUUUAAGUGUUCUCUCAAAAUGCUGAAAUGCACACAAUUCUCCCAUUUACAAAAAUUUCCUCAGUCUUGUGUGUUUUUUUUUAAAAAAAAUCAGGAUGCCAUUCAGUCAUGUAAUCAGAACAACAAAUGGAUAAUUACUGAAUGUACAUGGUACCUUUCCAUCUGUUUCAUUUGGGAAUUUGCAACAACUUCAGCCCCCCAGUAACGUGUUGAACCUGUAGCCAGGAACGCUACAGAGUUCUGUAAGUACGAGGUUUAACCAAUUCCAUCCAAAGAAGCUGCACAAACAAACGGUACUUGCUCUUACUGUUUCCAAUUUUUGCAACCCUGUAGUGUCUCAUUUUUAAAGGAACAGCUUUGAACGCCCAAAGGCAAAAUGGAGAAAAUAACGAUAAGCAAAGAAGUCUUUCUCUCCAACCUCUGAAAGGCUUAUGACUUCAAUAGUAACAAGUGAAAACUUUCAGCAUUCCACCACAGAUUUAAAGCACCCAAUGCCUGUGUGAAAACAGCAAAGAUGGUAAGCAAAAGCAAACUAGUUUUUCAGUCUAAGUCAAAACGUGACACCAAAAAAAACCGUACCGUCCUUAGUACUGUCCGUCAUGGCAACCGAAGUUCUUUCUAGAUUGUAAAGCAGCACCCAAUGGAAAAAACCCUGUGCUGGAUAGCCUUCUAAAUUCAACCUAAUCUUGUCUUGGAUGAAAGUAUGUAUGGCACAUAACCUUUCAAAAGUGAUCCUAAGAAAUCCGCUCACUUUAGGCAAGUUUUUCAGUAAAGGGUUGGGAGGGAUUGCUUUUUUUGCCCAUUGUUUAUCAAAGGAAGAUACUUUUUUAAAGUAACAGGCAUCCUGUACUAUAUUUUUUUAAACCCUAAUCAGAAAAGGCUUAAUUUGCAAAAGUCUAUACCAACUUAAUGUCAAGCCAAGCCGUAAUACACAUCUGAUGUUUAGAUGCCUGGCUUUUCUUCUCUUUUUUCCCCUUUAUGUAUUAUAGUCUUUUGUGUGGGGAGUUCUGGCGCAAAUGGCAGAACCUGUUGUUAUGACCUAGGGGCAACCGGGAAGUUCCAAAGAUGUUCUUGCAAAUGUAGUAAGACUCGAAGACCUCCAACUAAAGUUCUACUGUAAUCCUCAAAAAAGCCAUAUUUUGCCAGUCAAGUUAAUGGAUUUACCAUGAAAAAGCAUCAUUGGAAAGGAAAAUAAGAAUCCAUAAGCCAUACGAGACUUGUCACUAAGCCAUUCCAGUUCAUUCCAGUGAACCUUCCACCUUGAAACUGAUUAAAUCGGCAAGCCCAAGUGGACGAGUGUGCUUCUGGGGGGGGGGGGGGAGUGGUUGUGGGGUUUGGGUAACUUGGGUCGGCAGGAUCAUUCAUACCUCCCUUCGUUGUUGCAGGAUGGCCCAUUCAUUGCUUUUGAGAUCAUAUGACCCCUGGGACACAGUAUGGGCUGAGAGGUAAUGAGCAACACACAUAAGUGAGCUGCAGAAGGAGAAACAGGUAAAUCCUAGGUGCAUGAGAAGAGGCGGGUACCUUUCGAGAGAUCUGAGGAAAUAUGGCUGCAAAGUUCACUGAAGACGUUUCAGAAGCCACAAUUCUUUUAAGAUAUCGUGGUAGCAUGUAAGGUUAUUGGAGAAGCCUGUCUCUGAGUAUUUUGAAUUCAGGGAAACAAGUGCAGUGAAGCAAUGCUUGGGGUGCUUACUGGAAGUUAUAAUUGUUAAACUAUGAACCAGGCACCUACAGAAAGAAGAAGUGUUUCUUUAGUUGAACUAUAGAAUGAAAUAAAACCUCCCUUAGAAAGCGUUCCCCAUAAUACCAUUGAAAAGCCAGUAAUUGGGAAGUGGCAUUUAGCAUUGGUGGCAGGAGAUUACUGCAAAAUGCAAUGCUUCGUAAUCUCAUUAAUUACUUCCAUUGGAAUAAAAUGUGUUGGGUGUGAUACUAACCAUUAAAUUUUGGUCAAAAUGGUGAGUUUUUACCACUUUUGUCAAACUUUGGGAGUGAACUGAUGCCACAAACAUGAGCUACAACAUAUUUAUUCAAAUUUGGCCAGAAGCUUGUUUCAGUUAGGAGGAAAAGACUAUCCCAACUCUCAUUGAGAUUCAUACAAUGAAAGGUUUGUACAAGAUUGUCAUAUUUGCACUUUUCUCUAAAAUAAAGUGUUCAAUGUC